CGCCCGGCGCCUCCCCCGUGUUGACAGCGGCGGGCGCUGCUGCGCGAGGCAGGUCGGCGGCGCGGGCUCCGCGCUCGGCUCCCGGCCCGGCCCGGCCCGGCCCGGCAUGGCCGUCAUGGAGAAGCCGCGGGCUGGCAAGGUGCUGCUGGACGACACGGUGCCGCUGACAGCCGGGAUCGAGGCGAGCCAGAGCCUGCACUCGCACACGGAAUAUAUAAUUCGUGUGCAGAGAGGGAUUUCCAUGGAAAACAGUUGGCAGAUUGUGAGAAGAUACAGUGACUUUGAUUUGCUUAAUAGUAGUUUGCAGAUCUCAGCUCUAAAUCUACCUCUACCUCCCAAAAAGUUGAUUGGGAAUAUGGAUCGUGAAUUCAUCGCUGAAAGACAGAAGGGACUUGAGAAUUAUCUCCACGUCAUCACUUCCAAUCACAUACUGUCCAAUUGUGAAUUGGUAAAAAAAUUCUUGGAUCCAAACAACUAUUCUGUAAACUAUACUGAAAUUGCCUUACAGCAUGUUUCGAUGUUCUUCCGGUCGGAGCCAAAGUGGGAGGUGGUAGAGCCACUAAAAGAUAUAGGUUGGAGAAUCCGUAAGAGGUAUUUUUUAAUGAAGAGUAAGAAUCAACCAAAGGAGCGACUAAUGUUAAGUUGGGCUGACUUUGGCCCUGAUAAAUACUUGUCUGAUAAAGACUUCCAGUGCGCUGUGAAACUUCUUUCUUCUUGUUCUCAUCCCUACAUUUACAAAGUCACUUUUGCCACAGCCAAUGAAUCCUCAGCACUGGUAAUUAGACCGUUCAGUGAGAAGGGAACACUAAAGGACCUGAUCUAUAAGGCAAAACCCAAAGACCCAUUUCUGAAGAAGUACUGCAAUCCCAAAAUUCAAGGUCUUGAACUUCAGCAUAAAACAUUUGGGAGACAAAUACUAGAGGUAUUAAAAUUCUUGCAUGAAAAAGGAUUUCCGUAUGGGCAUCUACAUUCCUCCAAUGUGGUGUUAGACGGUGAUACAUGUAGGUUGCUGGAUCUAGAGAAUUCCUUGCUGGGACUCCCAUCCUUUUAUCGAUCAUAUUUUUCUCAAUUUCGGAAAAUUAAUACUUUAGAAGGUGUUGAUGUACAUUGCUUUGGUCACUUACUGUAUGAAAUGACAUAUGGGAGACCUCCAGAUUCAAUCCCAGUGGACGGCUUCCCUCCUGCUCCAUCGGCAUCAGUCGUGGCAGUGUUGGAAUCCAUACUCUCCUGUGAAGCCAUAAAGAAUGGCAUGCCAGCUGUCUCCAAGAUCUUACAGAUGUCAUUAUUCAGUGAUAUUCUCCUAACGAAUUCCGAGAAACCACAGUUUAAGAUUCCCACUAAGUUAAAAGAGGCAUUGAAAACUGCCAAGGAGUGCAUAGAAAAGAGACUAACUGAAGAACAGAAAUUGAUUCACCAGCAUAGAAGACUGACAAGAGCUCAGUCUCACCAUGGUUCUGAGGAAGAAAAGAAAAGAAAAAUCUUGGCACGAAAGAAGUCAAAGCUCUCCGCCUUCGAAAGCGGGGAAGAACGCUCGGCAAAAUACAGCAAUUCAAACAAUUCAGGCUCUGGGGCCAGUUCCCCUCUGACAUCUCCAUCGUCCCCCACUCCACCCUCUACAGCAGAUGUUCUGUUUCUGUAUGGGAAAGCUGAACACAGACCUUGAACUUCUCAUGGCAUAGAAAAGGAACAAAGAAGAAGUAGAUCAUAAACUACUUCAUUAAUUAUUUUAAUUAAAUAUAGCAUCUUUAAAAGCUCACCAAGCUCUUGCAUCAAGUCGCUUUCUCCCUGACAUAUUGUAAAGUAGUUUCCUGCUGGACAGUAGCUGCAACUGCACUAAAGUAUAUUUAGGUGAGUGAGGGUCUGUCUACACUGCAGUUGAACACCCACAGCUGGCCCAUGUCAGCUGACUUGUGCUUUGGGGCUGUAACAGCUUGGCCUGUAGAUGCUUGGGCUGGAGCCCAGGCUCUGGGGCCCCACAAUGUGGAGGAAGAGUCCCAAAGCCCAGGGUCCAGCCCCAAAUGUCUGCACAGCCAUUUUAAGCAGCCCUGUGAGCCUGAGUGAUCCGACAAGGGUGUUUUUAUUGUGGGGUGUAGAGCUGCUCUAAGGGUAAGUUUACACUGCAGUGGUAAGCAGAGUGUUAGUAGAACUCAAUGAGCAGACCCUGGUUUGUUAACCUAGGGUUUGAGUGUCUACCCUCAAUUAUAACUGCAGGGUUAGGAAUCGUUGAAACCUCGGAUCCCAACCUGGAGCUCCAGCGUCUACACCGGCAUUAUGUGGGCCCGAGUGCCAACCACCCCUAUCCCAGACUUCUUGGCACCCUCUCCAGAAUCCAGCCACUCCACCCUUGUUUGCGGUGCGUGUGGGGAAAACUGACUGUCCAUCAAACUUGACUGUGCAGAGGACAAAGAAAGUUGGCCCAUGGCUAUUAUGGCCUCCCAGAGCUCGUGUCCAAUGAGGCUGCAUUUAUGCUGCAACGCAGUACAGCUUGGAACCUCCACCCCCAUGGCAGUGGGAACCCAAGUUUCUGUGCAGUUUGAUAUAAAUGGAAGAGGUUAGGCCUGAGCUGGCGUUCAAACCUGUGGCCUUGCACUGCAGUGCAGACAUGCCCACAGGGUCUCCAGUCACCGAAUGACUCCGUAGCAGGGAGUGAAGGUACAAAGAGAUGACUUGUUGCCUGACGCUUUUAUAAGAUGUGCUGAUUGAAAUGAAAUAACUGUGUCAUUUUUAUAAACUAGAGCCAGGUCCUGCAAACUCUUAGACCCUGUCAGUUGAGACACUCGUGUAAGUGUAUGAUGGAAUGGGCCCCAAUGAAACAAAUAUGAUGUUUUGGAGGUGGUUCUCCCGCCUGACUUAGAGCACGGUUUCAAUAGCUACAUUUAUGUGAAGGCUAAAUUCAGAUUUAUAAUUGUCGAUCAACUAAAGUGCCUCCGUAAUAGAGAAAAGCUGAGUUUCCCCUUACUGCAUAGUGGUGCUGGCAGUUCUGUUUCCCAGUUCAGCUCGUUGCAUAGUAUGUAGCUCUAAGUGCUUUCUAAAAAAGUACAAAAAGUAAAACUGAUCUCCCCCUCCAAAACAGUAACCAGUCUAGAAACUAGGUAACAUUAGUGCCCUGGACUGAUUUAUAAAUAGUGAUCCAUUAUUAGAUGUAUGAUGACGUUUCUACUCUGUUCUCAUCAAGUUUACACCGUUUUUUUUCCUUCUGUUACUAUUAUCAUUGUCCCUUUACAGAAGUCCAGCCUUUGUUGUUAAUAUUCAGUAUUGGACAACUCAUCUUUUUAGCCUCUUAGUAUGUUAUCUUCUCCAUCUUUAUUGUGUUCAGAGUCUUUUCUCUGUCCUAGCCUAUCAGUUUCUCUGCUUUGUGUCCUCUGAUACAAUCAUCAUUCCUUCUCAGAUGCUCUUGAUUCUUUUGUGGCAUUUCAUAUUAAUGACUAAUUCGAUUUGAUCACAAGUUAAAAUAAUAAGGACGUGGGAUGACUUCACCUACCCUUUUGUUCUACUCUGACCACUUCAACCUAAUGCUUUACCAUCCUGCCUCAGCUUUUGCUGUGGAUCACCAUUUGUUCUUCCUUCUGCCUUGAAUUUUAAGUAUCACUCUUCAUAGUAUUUCCUCACACUCUGCUGAUCAUAAGUGAGUACAUUAGUUAGUGAGCUCUAAAUGGAGGGGAUAAGUUAUUAAUAAACUUAGAUUUUCAGGUCCAGUUAUCUGUGCUGGCAUAAGGACAAAUCAGGUAGGUCAGUGAAUUACACAGUGAUGAAUUUGGAUCAUCUCUGAUUUUCAAAUAUGUAUUAACUUGCUUCCAGCUCAGUACCAAAGAGAGGGAUGGAUUUAAAAAAAAUCUCUGCAACAGAGAGAUGGUUCCCACAUUUGCCCAGUGUGGGAGUCCUUCUUUGGACACUGGCAUUUCUACUGGAGAGGAGGAAAGUAAAACAAAGUCUUGAAACAGCCACAGUAGUUCCAUAGGAACAGGCUCGUUGUUUCCCCAUCAGAGGAUUGUCUUCCCCCUUCUCCCCCCCCUGCAGGAGGUGCUGGCUGUGAGAAAGGGACACACUGUCCAUAUGCAAGUGUCUGAAGUACAAUAACCAUAGGAAUGCAGUUAAGUCACUGGCCAAAUAAAAUGCUUUUUGUAUAAACAUUCUCCUUUUGAGGUAGAUUUUUCCACAUAGGAACAAUUUGAAACUGACACAACUUGAAAUGUGUCAAACUAAGCUCCUUUCCUUCUAGAACUCAGCUUGUUUUAUUACAGCACUUAUUUUUCACCACCACUUACUAGUCUGAGACUAAGCAGCAACAAGGAAGAAUGGAACAAGUUGAGAAGAAGUGAUUGCUUCAGCUGCUUUCCUUGUGGCUUAGCAUUGAAUACUUUUGAAUGUUGUUCUGUGUGACUUAAUUUCUUACGUAGUCGUUGGGAGUGUUUGAGGUUAAUAGGAAAUAUGGCAGCAUGUGGUUCUGCUCUGGUAACUAUUGCUUCCCUUAGUCUCUUAUCACUUCCGUUCAUUGUCAGAUAAUGGCAGUUUUUCACCUCUGUGCUCCAGAUACACUAAACCUGGCAUGACUAAGUGUGAUGCUGUAGUCUUUCACAUUCCCCUCUUUCCCGUGUGUCUAUUAUGGUCAGACCAUAAUUAAAGUAUGUUUACAUUCAAAAAGUUAAGGCUUAAACUGUUAACACACACAUUGUCAACAGCACGUGUCAAAAGAUAUAAAUACCUUAAACCAAACUAGUUCUCAAGCAGCUUUUUUGCCUAUCUGCAAACUUUGAUUAUCCAUAGAAAUAUUUUUCAUCUUUGUGUACAGUGAAAUUGAUAUUUACCAGAUUUGCUGCUAAAAAAUCAAAUCCUUCCAAGCCUAACUAAAUUCCCCAGCUCUGACUUUGUAUGGCCACGUGAUGUGGGUUUGCAAGGGAGCCAAUCUGAAACUCUCUGGCUCUUACGUGCCCAUGUAUUUUGAUGUAGAGUGUAAAGUUGACGCACUGAGUUACAGAAAGUGAAGCGUAUAUGUGAUCUAGACCAGUGGUUCUCAACCAGGGGCCUGGGGCCCCCUGUGGGAACGGUGAGCAGGUUUCAGGGGGUCCGUCAAGCAGGCCAGCAUUAGACUCACUGGGGCCCAGGGCAGAAAGUUGAAGCCCCACCAUGUGGGACUGCAGCAGAGCCCCGAGCCCCACCAUCUGGGGCUGAAGUUGAAGCCUGGGCAACUUAGCUUUGUAGUGCCCCCUGUGGUUUGGGGCCCCAGGUAAUUGCCCUGCUUGCUACCCCUGAACACCAGCCCUGCUUUUAUAUGCAAAAAAAAGUUAUGGCACAGCUGGGCCAGGGGAGUUAUAAGAAAAGGGUUGAGAACUGAUCUAGAAACCAGAGUGUAGCAAUACAAGUCAAAAUUUUUUCAGUGCUAAAAGUGCCACUGGCCAGCACUGUGGUCUCUUUGUGGCCCUCGUAAGAAUUUGUGAUGCAGUGUAAUCUAUAAAAGGAUAUUGCUACUCAAUAAGUAAUUUAAUAAGAACUUGCCUUUUUCUAUUUCUUAGAAAAUGGGUCUCUAUACCCCUUAUCAAUACUUUCAUGUAUAGCAAAUGACCUUAAAAACAGAGUUUAUGGACUAGAAAAUAAUCUGGCUAGAGGGGAAAAAACAGACUUUACAGCGUAACUACACCGGGGACACAGUAAGAGACUUAAAGCCACAGCCCAACUAUUUUAUUUAUUGGGUCUGGCUUUGUGAGAUGGGGGCAGACUGCCUCACUUGGUGUUAGCACUAAGAAACAAACCGCAGGAAUCAGAGAUGAGGGGAAAGUCCUGGAAAUCAUUUUAAUUUCAUCCCUCUCAGCCAGUGCAAGAUUCUUAUUUGUAGUUAUGGCCCCUUGAGUCUCCAAGUAAUGGGGCAUCCAGGGCUUCCCUUCAGAGGUGACUUGGAUGAUCUCUUAUCAGUUGACUGUAUAGCCUGUACUUACAGGUGGAUGGAUGUGAUCUCCUAGAUCUUUCUCGUAUCUAAUUUCUCUGUCGUCCGUCUCCCCAAUCUGGUACCUAUUUGCAAUACUCAAGAAGUUACAUAUUUAUUUGAAUAAAUGACUUCUCUAGUUGACUUAUUACUAUUCUAGCAAGGCAGCUACAAUUAUUAGAUCAGCUUAGUCUUGUUUUUGGUCAGCUAAUCUUGUGGUGGUGUGUUCUUGUGUAAUUGUCUCAUUUUAACAGGAGUGUCAACUAUGCCGCCGCCACCACCACCACCAGCAGCUCCUCCACUUCCUCCUCCAAUGGAUGGGGCAAUGCAUCCUGACCCUUCGCCUGCUGCCAGUGCCAGCCGAGAAGCCUUACUUAGCUCCAUUCAAAACUUUCAGAAAGGAGCUUUGAAGAAAGCAGACACAUGUGACUACAGUGUUCCCAGGAUCAGCUGAAGUUAACUCUUGACAGCAGGAUUGGAUAUUUUUCCCAUGAACAAAUGUCCUAAGUUGAGGCAUGGUCAGCCACUUCAUGGUGGUCUAUUAUUUUGCAGCUGUUUUUGUUCAGAGCCAUUUCAGCUUUUUCUAGAGAAAUUUCUCCUUGUUCUUGAGUAACAGCACUACACUGUUUGAACUUCAUUGCCAUAUUGUGGUGAUAACUCUUGACUUCAGUUAUUCCAGUUAAAAUGAACUUCUUAGUUAAGUGAUUUUUGGGGAGGGAGGGAGGUAAAGCAAUAUUUUAACCAUCUGAAAAUAGGAACAAGCAUGAGGAUACUGACUCAGUACAUCUGAUUCCACUCUAACCCUUGUUUUCAAACACUUGAAAAUCUAGUAUUAGUCUACCCUAUUUUCCUACAAUUCCUUGUAGUUGGCACAUUACAUUUUUUGCUGCAUCAAAAACCAGCCAUUUACUUUAGAUAAUUUUUUUUUUAAAAAAAAAAGCACUUAAUCCAAAGUGUAGUACACUGGUGAGGAAACUAGAUUUAACUCUGUCUCUAUGGCAUAUUUGCCAUUGGAGGGUACUCCAGAAUUCAACAGUGCAGCAUGAAUGCUUCUCAUGCUUAUAUGUAACUAAUGUACUGUUGGAAUGACUACCCUAAACGUAUAGCUGUUUCCAGUUACCACAUAUGCUGGGGAAACAGCCUGUUAAUUCAGGCAAUAAAAUGGGAGUUAAUUGGCACUGAUUAUUCAACAUAAGUUCUGGAUUGGGAAGUUUUCACACAGGCAAAUUUUGCAUCCAUAUGAAAUUUUUUUCUUCGGGAAGUUGCAGAACACUUGUUUUAAAAUGCUGACUGAAAAGAUCCUUUUAUUCUAUGAUUUGCUCAAAACCUUAAACAAAUUGCACUUUAAAGGAUUAUAGAUAAUCCAUUUUAAAUUCAAGUACACAUCAGUGUUUACUAUGCAGAGAAUGUCAUUGUGUAUAAAGUUUCAUGUAACCUGUGAUGUCAUAUUUUUAUUAAAAUAAAUGUCACUGGAAUUCCUCCA